UUUUUUUACUUGACCUGGCUGUCUGUAAAGGAUUUGUAGAAGAUCUAAAUGAAUCAUUUAAAGAUAAUCGAAAAGAUGACAUUUGGCUUGUUGAUUUUUAUGCCCCCUGGUGUGGCCACUGUAAAAAACUGGAACCGAUUUGGAAUGAAGUUGGACUUGAAAUGAAGAGCAUUGGCUCUCCAGUUAAAGUAGGAAAGAUGGAUGCUACUUCCUACUCCAGUAAGCAAGCGCACAGUUACAUACUUUGUUGUUCUAAUAAUGGAAAUAUUUUUUAUGACAUUCAGGGCAUUGCUUCAGAAUUUGGAGUUCGAGGUUAUCCAACAAUUAAGCUAUUAAAGGGGGACUUGGCAUAUAAUUACAGAGGACCUCGGACUAAAGAUGAUAUAAUUGAGUUUGCUCACAGAGUGUCUGGGGCUCUGAUUCGGCCACUUCCAAGUCAACAAAUGUUCGACCAUGUACGGAAGAGGCAUCGUGUAUUUUUUGUUUAUAUUGGUGGAGAAUCACCCUUGAAAGAGAAAUACAUAGAUGCUGCUUCAGAAUUAAUUGUGUAUACAUACUUCUUUUCUGCCUCAGAAGAUGUGGUUCCUGAGUAUGUGACACUGAAAGAGAUGCCCGCUGUGCUUGUUUUCAAAGAUGACACUUACUUUGUUUAUGAUGAAUAUGAAGAUGGUGAUCUGUCCUCAUGGAUUAGCAGGGAGAGGUUUCAGAACUACCUUACUUUGGAUGGCUUUCUUUUGUAUGAACUUGGAGACACAGGAAAGCUUGUGGCCAUUGCAGUUAUUGAUGAGAAGAACACAUCACUUGAACAUACCAGAUUAAAGUCAGUUAUUCAGGAAGUUGCUAGAGAUUUCAGAGACCACUUCCAUAGAGAUUUUCAGUUUGGUCAUAUGGAUGGAAAUGACUAUAUAAACACCUUGCUGAUGGAUGAAUUGACAGUCCCCACCAUAGUUGUACUGAAUACUUCAAAUCAACAGUACUUUUUGCUAGAUAGACACAUUAAGGAUGUCAGUGAUAUGGUCCAGUUUAUUAACAGCAUUUUGGAUGGUUCAGUACCAGCCCAAGGAGGUGAUGGUAUGUUGCAGAGAUUGAAAAGAAUAGUAUUUGAUGCCAAAUCUACAAUUGUGUCUAUAUUCAAAAGUUCCCCACUUAUGGGCUGCUUUCUCUUUGGCCUGCCACUUGGUGUCAUCAGCAUCAUGUGCUAUGGAAUCUACACAGCUGACACAGACGGAGGCUAUAUAGAAGAGCGAUAUGAAGUAUCCAAAAGCGAAAUGGAAAAUCAGGAGCAGAUAGAAGAGAGCAAAGCGCAGGAGUCCAUCAGUGAAGGAUCUCUGGUGCCUACUGUGCAAGAGCCCAAGGAUGUAUUAGAAAAGAAGAAAGACUGAAACUUCACAGGGGAAAAAAAUAUUUGAUAGGAUUUCAGAUUAUUAAAGAGUAUUUAUUGAAUUUAGAGAUUUAAUCAUGAUCUAUUUACAGAAGAGAACAUGUUAUUUGUAUUUUGCUAAUAACAACUGCAUGAAAUAAAGUAAUCCUCCCAUAAGUGGGAAGAUAUUGGAGCAGAGAGACAAGUUUGUCCAAAACAAAGCCAGGUGAUUUCAUCAUUUACCUUGCAGAUGCCCAUUCUGUGCACACUCCUCUGUGUGCAUGUCCUGUGACAAAGUUCAAAACUUGACAGAAUAUUAACUUGACUAUUGCAGUGGAAGAUACGUGGUUUUGCAGAGAGAAAUAGUACUUUUACCUACUAUAUCAAUUCUCAUAUUUUGGAUAAAAUUUAUAUAAACAAAUUAAGUCUUUAAAAUUUAGAUGUUUUAAGAGAAACUAGUAGCUUUUUCCAUGUAUAAAAUUUAAGAUUCUGAGUUUAAAAAUAGUGUGGUUUUUAUAUAGCAUAGUGAUUUUAUUUUACUAGCUGUUUUUAAAGGAGAAAUGUUACUUUUUUACUUAUAUUCAGUUGCAUUAUUAUGAUGUUGGCUGUGGUCUCAUGAAUUGGGACAAGAAUCUUAUAAUUGACCUUUGCAAAAUGACCAGGGUAUGCAGGGAGUGGUGACGUUGGCCCCUGCCUUGUGCUGCUCAGCGGGGCACACUGGCCAUCACUGCAGGAAGGACAGGCCCUCUUAGUACACCUCACUUUCAGCCAAAGCAGCCUAAUAUUUUGUUCUGUUUUAUUUUUAUUUUAUAGUUUGAAAUUACUUCUAAAAUUUCUAUUAGUUAAGCAUGUUUUCAGAAGUAACAUAAAUCAUGUUUUUAUGAAAUGUAAACUAAUAAUUUAAAAUGUACUCCCACACCUAUAGUGUGGGAGGACUUGUCCGUGAUAAUAAGCUCGUUAAACUUGGAUGUCAUGAACAAAGGGAGAGAUCCAAGUUCCCUUCUCUAGCCUCUCAUUGUUGCCUCCAUGACAGUCAUGACCUCUCAUCUUUCAUCAUAAUGCAGUCGUGUCUAAGAGUGGGUAUUUUGUGAUAACAUGUUUACUACACAUUAGUUAAUUCUGAGGCCUUCAUUUUAGCUAAUUUCGGAAUUUUUAUUAGAUAGUAUUUAGGUGACUGUUUGUUGAGUAGUGUAUGGGUUUAUUGAAAGGAUUUGCUGAGCAUUUGCAAAUGUGGUUUGCAGUUCUUACACUUAUGUUACUUAGGGCUUCUGCUUUGAUUACCAGGGGAGCUUCUGGUUUCUGACCCAAUAUUAAUCAGCACUGAACUGAAACUGUGUUUGUUGAGCCAGGGAAUUGUUAUUCAUAGUUUGUGUCCAGGUGUUCUUUUCAUAGUUAAAAACAUCAUAUUUAAAACAUCCAUUUUUAAUACUUAACCACCCAUCAUUAACUUUUUUGAUAAUGGUAUAAAUAUACAGUCACGGGGAAUUUCAUAAAAUAAAAGAAUAUUUUCAAAUGGAAACUGAAGAUAAACACUGUUACUUGUUGCUGUGACAGGCAAACUCCUCCAAAAAAUAAAGAAGACUCUUUGGAAAGGUUCAUGAUAGUUGUCACAAUGGUCAAGUUUUUUUGCAGGAGGAAAGACCUGAACUGCAUAUAGAUGACUCCUUUAUGAUAUUUUAUGGUAAGGAGAGAGACAUGAUGAAAUAGGAAGUACCACUAUCAUCACUAUCAAAUGUUAUGUGUAUUUUGUCUUAUCAAUCGUAAGCUGUAAAUAAAUUCUAAGUAGGCAAAAAGAAAAAGCACGGUAAACAGAAGCGCAGAGGUAGUUUUUUGUAUUUUGUUUUCUGUUUUUGUUCAUUUGUUUAUUUGCAAUACUUUCCUUUAUGAAUCAGUGCUUUGGUUCUCUGUUGUGAAACAACUUUAUACUGAUCCUCAUUCUGUUUGUACUUGUAAAAUGUGUUCAUUGAGGAAAAAAACCCAAAAUCUAUAAGUGGUUUGUAAGUGAAUGUUUUAUUUCUUUUUGUAUUAAACUUCUACUUUUUGCUUAUUCUUGAGGAUAUUUUUGUCUGCAUUGUCAGGUUGGUCACAUAACAAAGUUUAAAGUUUGUUUACUCGUAUGCUUUUUAAUGUGUUACCAUUCUAAAUACUGUUUGCUUAUUAGGAGAACAUUAGAAUCGAGGCAGCUCUCUUCAUAAUCUAGGAAAAGAUUGAUCCUCUAAGUCAGUGGUAAGUCCCAUGGUUAAAUACCCACAACAGAAUCCUUUCAGGAAAUUGGAAUUCCACCUUUUCUUUGAUGUGUAAAGUUCUGAUUUCUGAAAUUCAAAAACAUAGCUCUUUGGUGCUCAAACAACAUUUUAAGAGUAUUCUAGAGAAUGUGCAUACGUAGUCCAGCACCCUCACCAUCUCUGUCUGAAAUCCUUCUCUGUUGUGUACAUCAAUAUUUUUGUACCUUCUAGUGUUUGAAACUUGUUUGAGAUUUAUUAGAUGUAUAGCUUUUGUUUUCUUCCUCACUUUAAAGGACUUCUGGAACCUGGUUUAGAAAUGCCAAUUGAGUAAAGGUGAUGGAAAAUGACUCUUGAAGAACUUGAGCAAUUGUGUCUGUUGUUUAUGUUUAGUCAGUUUUAUUGUCCGUGAUAUUUCUAAUAUUUUGAGUUGGUAGCUCUUGAUUUUAAAAUAUUUUCAUCAGUGUUUACUGAUGAAAUCGACAGGGGGAGAAAUGACUCAGCCAUUCUUAUGCAGAAAUUGUUAAGCCAGUGUGAGAUAUAAUAUUUAAGUGGAGGGACUGAGUUUGCCAUUUUAUUUUUACAAAUAUAUUUUUUUCUGAAUGUUUCUGAGUCCCAAGAAUGAACAAAAUAAUCGUAAUAAUUUUCUAGUUUGGAAUUAGCUAUAAAGGUUUUUGAAAGUCUCUAUUAAUACUAACUUGUUGAAUUGUGAUACUCUGCCUUAUGGCAUCAAUUACAAACCUUUGUUUUUCUAAAAUAAAGUAAUUAAAAAUAUGAUUGCUUAA